UUAUAUUUGUUUUAUUUUCUUAUAUAUUUUUUUAAUAUUUAGCAGUUUUUUUAGUAGGCGAUGAACUAAUAAGCUUGCUAAAUAGUUAUGGAUCUUGCUUUCAUGAAAACAAGAUCAGUUAUAAGAUGUCGGCUCUGCACUCAUAUAAAACUGUUACGUCUGUGCUCCGGUCCCACGAAUGAAGACGUUAAGCUAAACGAUAUUUCGCGGUAUGAGCCUUCUUUGUCCGCAAAGUUCACACAAGAAGAUAUCCAAUCAAUUGUUAAUUUCGGCCGUGGAAAUCAUUUAGGAAAUUUGAAAGUACCCGCUGUUGCCUUGCCACCAGUCAUCGUAGACGCCGUAAAUGAUUUGCUGUAUGCACAGAAAGGAUUGUUUAAAGUAAUAAAAAGAGAUGCUGCUACGUUGGAUGCCUACCUGAAAUCCCGCACAGCUCCUUAUCUUAAUCCUAGUCAAACUAAGUUCAACAAAAAUCAGUGGAAAGCUAAAAUGAUGGCCAGAUUAGAGGCACUGGACGCCGAUUUAACGCCUGGACAACAACAAAUGUACGCCGAGGAGAUCGAAACAGAAGGUGAAAGGAGAAGAAUUGAGUUGAAGCAGAUGUCAGGCUUCUGGAAGUCAAUCAGCUAUGACUCACACAAUGCGUGUCUGGCGUAUACUCUUUGCCGAGCGGCACCAAAUUACGCAGUUGCCAUCCGAAUCCUCAGUGAGAUCGCUCGAAGGGAUCCUAGUUUUAGCCCAGAAGCUGUGCUAGAUUUUGGCUCAGGCUGUGGGUCUUUAGUUUGGUCCCUGUUAGCCAUGUGGCCUCAAGAAACCAAGUUUUUCUAUUUGAAUGACGUAUCAAACGAGUUCAAUAACGUGGCUUCAUCGAUUCUGAGUGGUGACGACGUGGAUUUCAACCCUAUUGCUAAUGGAAUUUACUUCAAACAGCAUCUACCAGCAGACGUAAGACCGAAUUUUGAUCUGGUAUUCUGUGGUUACACUCUAUCGGAGUUAAAUGGUCCUGGAAGUCGAUUAGCAGCUAUUAAACAUAUGCUUAAAUGCACAAAGAGUUACAUUGUGUUUGUCGAAAAUGGAACUCUGAGGUCUCAUCACUUAAUGGAGGAAGUGAGAGAAUACGUUGCAUCCAACUUCGCAGAUCAGUUUGAAAUUUUCGCUCCUUGCCCACAUCUGAAACCGUGCCCUCUCCUACUGACAAAUCUGAAGCAGCAACGUAAAUCUUUGAUAUGUCGAACUUCAGUGACCUAUUUGCCUUUUCCGGUUCGGAACCAUACAAAACCUAAUGCAAGUUCAGAACAGUUCACGUACCUUGUUUUUAGAAGAAAACCGUCCGAUGAUCUUGUUUCGCAGAAAGAGGAUGACGCUGAGAUGCGUUGGCCCCGAGUUGUUCAACCUCCGAGAAUUGGUACAGGUCACGUGACGUUGAGGCUAUGUAGCUCAGAUGGGACAGCCAGUCAGUCUAUCGUGAGCAAAGGGAAAUAUCCGAGUUUUUUCUAUUUAAUGUGCAAGAAAAUUAAUCUUGGGGACAGGCUGCCUCUACCUAGUUUGGAAGCAUUUGAAAUAGAAUCGGAAUCAGUUUCCUCUGUUGAUGAUGAAGUUGAGGGAAAUAAUGAUGGAGGUGCAGAAUAAAAUUAGAUGUUUUUUUGUUAAAAUUUUCUACGAUG